UCGGAGGACGUGUGUAGUGCUGCAGUCUGAAGGAUCCAGCAUGGCGAUGCACGCGAAAGCGACUCCACCGCAGAUCCCCGACACCCGCCGAGAGCUCUCCGAGCUGGUCAAGAGAAAACAAGAGCUAGCGGAGACUUUGGUAAACCUGGAAAGACAGAUCUAUGCCUUUGAAGGCAGCUACCUGGAGGACACUCAGAUGUAUGGGAAUAUCAUCCGAGGAUGGGACAGAUAUCUGACCAAUCAGAAGAAUUCCAACAGCAAAACUGAUCGGAGGAAUAGGAAGUUUAAGGAAGCCGAGCGUCUUUUUAGCAAGUCAUCUGUAACAUCAGUGGCGGCUGUAUGUGCUCUCGGCGGAAUCCCUGAUCACAUGAGUGAAAAACGCGAGCCAGGCAGUGGAACAGAGAGCGACACAUCUCCAGACCUUCAGAACCAGGAAAACGAACCCAGUCAGGAGGACACGGAGGAGCCAGACGGAGCACUGCAGGACCUGAAACCACAGAAAGCUGCUUCCUCUUCCUCUGGAAACCACCACGGCAGCCAUAAAAAGCGCAAGAACAAGAACAGACACAGCCCCUCUGGCAUGUUUGAUUAUGACUUUGAAUUUGACAUGAAGAUAAACAAGAAACCCAGAGCGGACUAUUCGGCUUGAUGGACUAUUUGGCACCCCAGCGCACAAUCAUGCACGCAAAUGACACCUUACUCGUCUUCAGUCUAGGACAUCUGGAUCUUUCCCUGCUUUUCUCCAUUUUUUGUUUGGCUCUCAUCAGACCAUAGUGAAGCUCUCAUACAGAUCCGCCUGUGAUUUCAUGAUAAUGGAUUGCAAACCCAAAGUUCCAUUAUGUUGCUACAUGGCUCAUAAUGCUGGAAUCUGUUUAUUUAAAAUGUUACAUUGAUAAUGUAUCAGUGGAUCUAAACCUUUUCCUUCAUUUGGAAAUUCUUUACUUUUGUUUUGUUAAACGUAUGUAGCUAAUGAUCAAAUUUGGUCAUUAUCUUUUUUUUUUUUUACAAUCUUGUUUUGAAUAAAACUUUAAAUGAGACAAUGAUUUGUCAUUUUGUUGCCAAG